UCUAUGGUUACAUCAUAUGAUCAUUGAUCACCACCUCAAUUGAUUUCCUUCUUCUGUGUCUCUUUGGGCAUUUUUACUGAUUUGAGUUGUCUAAAAUAUCCAAUAGGGUAAAGUUAAACUGUUUCAGUAAAAAGAAAACAGAAGCAAAAUGAAGGGGUGCAUUUUUAACAUCGAUGCUGGAUAUUUAGAAGGACUGUGCCGUGGUUUCAAGUGUGGAAUCCUGAAGCAGGCUGACUACCUUAACUUGGUGCAAUGCGAGACCCUGGAAGAUCUAAAGCUUCAUCUGCAGGGCACCGACUACGGUACGUUCCUUGCUAAUGAGCCCAGCCCACUUUCCGUCUCUACAAUUGACGAUAAGCUUCGCGAGAAGCUCGUAAUUGAAUUCCAGCAUCUAAGGAAUCAUUCAGUGGAGCCUCUCUCUACCUUCUUGGACUUCAUUACUUACAGUUACAUGAUUGACAACAUCAUCUUGUUGAUCACUGGUACUCUACACCAGAGGCCCAUUUCUGAGCUCAUUCCCAAAUGCCACCCCUUGGGCUCCUUCGAGCAAAUGGAAGCCAUCCAUGUUGCUGCAACACCUGCUGAACUGUACAAUGCAGUCCUUGUCGACACCCCAUUGGCCCCCUUCUUUGUGGACUGCAUCAGUGAGCAAGACUUGGAUGAGAUGAAUAUUGAGAUCAUUCGUAACACUCUGUACAAGGCUUACUUGGAAGCCUUCUAUGAUUUCUGCAAGCAGAUUGGUGAAACUACUGCUGAUGUUAUGUGUGAAAUACUGGCCUUUGAAGCUGAUCGCCGUGCAAUCAUCAUUACUAUCAACUCUUUCGGGACAGAAUUGUCCAAGGAUGACCGUGCUAAGCUGUACCCACGCUGUGGCAAACUGAACCCUGAUGGAUUGGCUGCUCUUGCCAGAGCUGACGAUUACGAGCAGGUUAAGGCUGUUGCUGAGUAUUAUGCUGAGUACCAAGCAUUGUUUGAGGGCGCUGGCACUAAUGUUGGUGAUAAGACCUUGGAGGACAAGUUCUUUGAGCAUGAGGUGAGCCUCAAUGUCCAUGCAUUCCUGCAACAAUUCCACUUUGGGGUAUUCUAUUCUUACCUGAAGCUAAAGGAACAAGAAUGCCGAAACAUUGUAUGGAUUAGUGAGUGUGUGGCACAAAAGCACCGUGCUAAGAUUGACAACUACAUUCCCAUUUUCUAAACAGUUAUAUUAUAUUUCUGAACUUUAAGAAUUCCUUUAAAAAUACUUUUGCUUUGUACAUACCUAUUUGCAGUAGCGAUCAGGACAAAUGUAUGUAUACAAAAUACAGAUACAAUGUAGAUAAUAAUAAGAACUAUUGUAAACAUGAAUAAUUUCUGUAUUCUACACAUAUAUUGUUGUUUGAAUAUCCAAGUAACCAUUGCUACUUGUACAUAUGUAACUACAGGAUAUUUUGAUUAAAUCACACAGUAUAAUGUUAUGCCUACAUUGCUGUGAGAGUAUUUGACAAUGAGUAAUCUUCCAACCAGUAUUUAAAUAUUGUAUAUUCAACCUUUGAGGUUAGCUAGUUAUUUUAUGUUAACUACUAGUAUUUCAUUUCUACAAAUAAUUUCAAGUUAUUGGUGUUGUCAUUAUAUCUUCCGAAGUUAAUACUUGCUAAGGUCAUCUAAGCAAGUUUACAGAAUAAGGUACCUGUUAUUUCUACAAAAAAAAAAAUGGUAGAAACAUAAUUAUUAAAUGCUUUAUGUAUAGGGUAACAAAGUUAUUUUCGAAAUAUUUGCGCCUUUCAAAAAUCUAUAACAUUAAAAUAUUACUAUUUAUGUGAGCACAGACUCAAUAUUUAUUUUUAAAUCGUGUUGAUUAGAUUGGAAAUGUAAUGUAAUUAAAAAUCGUUGGACACCUAUUUAAUGUUAUAUAAAUAAAGUAUCAUUAUAAUCCCAA